GGAAGGAGCGCGUUUCGGCGUCUGAGCCAGUGAAUGACAGCAGCGCCGCCCGCCGGUCGCGGCCGCGGCCCCGCCGGUGUCCCGAGCCUCCUGUCAGCGCGCCCCUCAGCUAGGCGAGCGGCGUGCGUCCCCGCGUGUCCGUGGCCCGGCGGGCUCUCCCCGGCCCCUGCCCCGCUGUCCCUCCGCUGCCGGCGCCAUGGGCAGCGAGCAGAGCGCGGAGGCCGAGAGCCGCCCCGGCGAUCUGAACGCCUCAGUGACCCCAUCUCCAGCUAAACAUCGGGCCAAGAUGGAUGAUAUUGUGGUUGUAGCUCAGGGCUCUCAGGCCUCCAGGAAUGUCAGCAAUGAUCCUGAUGUCAUCAAGCUGCAAGAGAUCCCAACCUUCCAGCCCCUUUUAAAAGGGCUCUUGAGUGGUCAGACGUCCCCAACAAAUGCCAAACUGGAGAAGCUGGACUCUCAGCAGGUGUUACAGCUCUGCCUACGGUACCAAGAUCACCUGCACCAGUGUGCAGAAGCAGUUGCUUUUGAUCAGAAUGCUCUAGUCAAGCGAAUCAAAGAGAUGGAUCUGUCCGUGGAAACCCUCUUUUGCUUCAUGCAGGAGCGCCAGAAAAGAUACGCCAAGUAUGCAGAGCAGAUCCAGAAGGUUAACGAGAUGUCGGCCAUACUGCGCCGCAUCCAGAUGGGCAUCGACCAGACGGUGCCACUGAUGGAGAGGCUGAACAGCAUGCUGCCCGAGACUGAGCGCCUGGAGCCCUUCAGCAUGCGGCCUGAGCGGGAGCGGCACUAGCAGGCACCUGCCUCCCUGGCCGCAGCUCUUCCAGCCUCGAUGGGCCCUAGUGUUUGCUUAGAUGCGGUUGACCGACACCCGACUUUCCCAGGUGGUCGUUCUUGAUUCCCGAAGUUGGGACAGCUGAAUUCCUAUGAGUUCUUUAAAGAACAUUGCCUCCAGAGUUAUUUUUAUUUUGCUCAGAUUUUUUUAAUUAAAAGUGUAUAUAGACUAGCUCCUGCAAUGAAACUGGAGAAAGCGUUAAGAAACUGUGUUCUCCUUGGCACCCGGGAAGCUCCUGCUUCUCUGGGUUGUGGUCGUAAAUAUAAGAUCUAAGUCCAGUUUCUGUCCCCACGACAGCUACCAUCACAUCAGGGAGCUGUCUGGCAGUGUCCUUAACCCCCUCCCAGAACACUGCCUGUUUCCAGGUACCUGCCCCUCCUGUGGGCCGCUGGAAACUGAAGGCGCCCUUCACCCACUCAUGAAGUUGUCGUCUGUUAGAGCUGCUUUUCCAUAUGAAGUUCAGCCUUCUGUGACCUCGGGCAGACCUCGGCCUCCAUAACAAGGUCUGCACCAAUAUCUGAUCGUACCCAGAGACCCGCUGAGCUCCGCUGAUGCUCCAGGGACAUGUUGGGCUACCUAGCCUCUGCCUUCCACUGUCUGCUGUGGAUCAUGAAGCUGAGAAGAGAACUGCCCAUCUCAGGAGUUAAAGGAAGAAAGGCCAAGGGAAGGAGGGGUGGAAUGAAUGCGGGACAGGCCUGAAGAGAAGAGCUGGGGUCUGAAGAGAUGGGGCUGGAGCCUGCAGCCACUACCUUGCUCCCUGUAUUCCUCCAGAACCCAGAGUAUCAGGAGCCAGAAGAGCCUUCAGUGUUUUUAUAAGAUUAAAAUUAAUCUGCUUAAUUUAUUGUGUAACAGCUAAACUUGAUCUGAUUCUAAUCUUUUUAUUUUUAAUUUUAUUAUUAUUGUGAUUGUGUAUAUGAUGUGUUGUGUAUGGAUUGUCACAGUGCCUGCUUGGAGGUCAGAAAACAAAUUUGUGGAGCUGGUGGUGCUCUCCGUCCACCUUUAUGUGGGUUCUGGGGAUCGAACUCAGGCCCACAAAAUCCUGGUUCUUGAUCAGAUACUAAUUUAUAAUUUAGUUUUUAAAACCCCAACUAAAAUGUAGGGCAUAAGACAGUUGAGUGGCAGAGGAAGCAUGACUGUAUACUUGUAGCUGGCCUGGAAUUCACUCCUAGGCCAGGCUGAGCUUGUGGCCGCUUCCUGCCUCUGUUUCCAUAGUGCCAAGGUUACAGACUUCACCAUUCCCAGUAUGUCUAGUAUGUUCCAGAUGACUAAAUACAUAAAGAUUGUCCAUUUGUUUGGAGCUAGAAGAACCCAGACAGGACCUACCACUUCCAGGGUAGCCUCUGGGUCGUAAUCUGCAAGGGGCUGAUGUCUUCAUCCCUCAUGUGGAAGGAGGUGAGGUGGACUGAGAGCUUUGGGGAGCUGCAGCAGCGAGCCGGGUGUGGGGCCAUGGUUUUCCCUGUGUUGAGCCCCCAGUGAAGGUGGUCUGUACAUAUUUUUUUCUCAUGACUGGAGCUUUAGCCAUUUCUAGAGCAAUUCCCAGGAGUUACAAUGUAAAGCAGAUGUUCUGUAGCAUAAAUCCUACUAAAUAUCCUGAGAUGGUUCUAGAGCGUGCCCUGGGUGAAGGAAUGGCAGCCCACAUCGAAUAAUCCCGCCAGUGUUUCCAGUGCUUUGCCUUCUGUCUCCUGGGCAUGCUCAGAUGUCAGAUAACUGAGACUGGAGUUCCAAACUGAGUUUGCUCUUUUUCCACUGAUCUUUUCUCCCAUAGUGUUUCGUUCUAUUUUUGAUUUUUCAUACUGCUUCAAUAUUAUUUCCACAAAGCAUUUUAAUAUGUGACGUAGCUAAAUGAAGCCCGAGUUGUCCUCAGAAAUAGUUUCUUCCUUUUCUCGAAGUUUCAGAUGGGCAGAAAGUUGCAGAGUACUGCAGGAGGUGCACAUGGACUGGAGGCUUCUUCUCAGUCACCACCACCAUUGUCUUUCCCUGAGUUUCUGGAAUAUUUAGAACCCAGCUCUAUGCAGAGAUUCUCCUAAGCCUUCAAAGAAAGAAGGGCUAAUUGUUCAGAGCUGUGUGUACAGUGCAGGCUUCCGUUGCUGCCAUCAACUUGACUUUGAGUAGUGGACGCCUGAAGUGCAGGGCAGACUCAGCCCGAGGGCUGUGCGCUCCGGCCAUCUCCUCAUUUCACAGCAGAAGGGUUGGGGAUGAAAGAAGCUGCAGCAGGCAGCUCGCUUUCUUCAAGAAAUUAGCGCGAGGCUAGAGCUUGUGUUGGGGAUACUCCUAGUUUAAUGUGUUGCUGUGGGGUGGGGAAGGUGGUGUGAGCUUGGCUAAGCUGAACUAUUUUCUAGAAGCCCCUUCUGGUCUCCUUUAGGGUGAGGCUGGCCACCAGCAAAGUUCCGCUGAGAUUUGGAAGAGGGUGCGCCCCUUCCAUCUUCUACACGGCUACUGGGAUCUGCUCCAGCCCGGGGAGUGUUGGCUUCUUCAGAGCAUCCUUGCACCUGGAUGAAAGCUCCCGUGUGAGGAGAAGCUGCCGAGGGCUUCUGGGGUCCUUUUCCAAGGGAAUCUGGGAAGACGAGUGAUGUAUCAAAACAUCCUCAUGCUGUGUCUCUUGGAUGACUGCUAUCCUAUGUGGCCAGUACAGGUUUUUGUGGAAAUGAAGAAAUAGCCUGGAGUUGUCAGAGAGCCCUGGAUGGGAGUUUAAAUUUUUGGUAAGCCAUUUUUAUUUCCCUGAGCCUCAAUACUAUAGUUUGGAGCUAAUGUCCCUCAAAGGUCCAUGAAUGCGAAAAGCCUAGUCAGUCCUCAGAAAAUGGUGCUGUUGGGAAGAGGGGAACCUAGGAGAUGAGGCCUGGUGGAAGGAAGUCUGGUCAUUGGCAAGCAUGCCCUUGAGAGAACAAUCUCUCACUUUCCAUCCAAGUGAAGUCUAUGAUACUUAACUCUAGUUGUUUGUUUUGGUUCUUGAGAUAGAGUUUCACGGAAGCCACGCUGUUGGCCUUGAACUCACUAUGUAGCUGAGGAUCUCAACUUUCUGAUGGUCCAGUCUGAUGGGGGAGAGUCUUCUGUUUUGUGUUAAUUUCAUUGGUUAAAUAAAGAGACU